GCAGAUUUUUUACAAGAUAAUCCUGUUGAAGUUCUUCAAAUUUUAUUUCAGUAUGAAUCUUUAACUGUAUUAAGGGAUUUUUUCUAAAAUUAAUUUGUGAUCAUCCCGAAAUACUAUUUUCAACAAGAAAUUUAGCAAUAGAUAGAUCUAUAUUAAUUUUACUUAUUCAAAGAGGCGAUUUAUACGUGGAAGAAUAUAAUAUUUGGGAAUAUGUGUUAGAAUGGGGAAUAGCGCAAAUGCCAGUCUCUGUUGAUAUUGAUAAUCUUUUUAAUUGGACUGAGGAAAAUUUCAUUGAACUUGGAAAAAUUAUCUCAGAUUUUAUUCCGCUUAUUAGAUGGGUUCAAAUCUCUCCAAAAUUAUUUUAUCAAAAAAUUUUUCCAUUUAAAAGACUUUUUCCGGAAAAUAUUUUUGAUGAUAUAGUCGGAUAUUACAUAGAUCCUGAUUCAUUACCAAAAUCGAUAAUCUUGUUGCAACCAAGAAAACCGUCUUUUAGUUCAGAAAUUAUUAAUAAAAAACAUUUUGCCAUAAUUUCUAGUUGGAUAGAUAAAGAAAAUAAAUAUUAUGAAAUAAAGAAUAUACCUUAUUCUUUCGAAUUAUUAUAUAGCGCAACUAAAGAUGGAUUUGAUUCAACAAGGUUUCAUGAAUUAUGUGAUGAUAAAGGACCGACAUUAAUUAUCGCUAAAAUUAAGGAUACUGGAAAGUUAAUUGGAGGGUAUAAUCCAGGAAGUUGGAAAUUUAAUACAAUAUCAGAUAACCAUUUUUUAUUUUCUUUUAAAAAUGAAAAUAAUGUUAGAUCACCAAUUAUUACAAGAGCGGUUAAUUUAAACAGUUCUAGCUCUAUUCAUGAUCCUGAUUUCAUUAAUUUAUUCGAUCUGUUCAUCAAAGAUAAUACUCUUGAAUGUAAUUCUACAAGUUCAUUUCCUGGAACAAAAUUUUUUAUAAAUGUUGGUCAAAAGUUUUUGAUGGAAGAUUAUGAAGUUUUUAAAAUAACAAAACUGAGCAAAUUAAUAAAAAAUGAAAAAAUUACGAAAAGCCAAGUUAAUUUAACGACUGAAUUUAUCAUCGCGAAACACAAAAUCGAUAAGAUUUCUUCGUUCGUUAAAUUUACCCUCCAAGAAUGCGCUAAAAUAUUAGUUAAUACUUUUGGCAGAAUUAAUUCCAUCAUGAAAUUUAGCGUUCAAAUAUGUGCUAAUUUUAUAUUCCAAGUUUACUCAAUUAUCAAAUAUACUUUACGAAAAUGUGCUGAAAUAUUAUUUGAUACUAUGAAAUUUAUCUUUCGAAGAUGCUCUGAUAUUGUAUUUCAAAUUUGUUCAAUUAUGAAAUUUGGCGUUCGAAGUUGUGCUUAUUUUAUAUUUCAAGUUUAUUCAAUUAUGUAAGUAAUUAACCUUUAUCCAAAACAUUGCU